GUUGGAGCGCGGCGGCGGCUGAGGCGGCUCGGCCGCCCCUGGAGCCCCGGGUGCCGCGGCAGCCCCGACACCGGCUCAGGUCGUGGUUUAAAUGUCUGAAGAAGGAAGUGAGCCCAGGAAAGUGGAAGUUGCCCUGAGAGACUUGUCAGUGUGAUUCAGAAUGAUUGAGGAGAGUGGCAAGAGGAGGAGGACCAUGGCAGAGAAGAGGCAGCUGUUCAUGGAAAUGAGAGCCCAGAACUUCGACGUGAUCCGGCUCUCCACGUACAGAACCGCCUGCAAGCUGCGCUUCGUGCAGAAGAGGUGCAACCUUCACCUUGUUGAUAUCUGGAACAUGAUUGAAGCCUUCAGAGAUAACGGCCUUAACACCCUGGACCACAGCACGGAGCUCAACGUGUCCCGCCUGGAAACCAUCAUCUCCUCCAUCUACUACCAGCUGAACAAACGGCUGCCCUCCAGCCACCAGAUCAGCGUGGAGCAGAGCAUCAGCCUUCUGCUCAACUUCAUCCUGGCAGCCUAUGACAGUGAGGGCCAUGGGAAGCUGACAGUGUUCUCAGUGAAAGCCAUGCUGGCCACCAUGUGUGGGGGGAAGAUCCUGGACAAGCUCAGAUAUAUUUUCUCUCAGAUCUCAGAUUCCAACGGGCUGCUGGUGUUCCCCAAGUUCGAGCAGUUCCUGCGGGAGGUGCUGAAGCUGCCCACGGCCGUGUUCGAGGGGCCCUCCUUCGGCUACACCGAGCACUCGCUGCGCACCUGCUUCCCGCAGCAGAAGAAGGUGAUGCUCAACAUGUUCCUGGACACGCUGAUGGCCGACCCUCCUCCCCAGUGCCUUGUGUGGCUGCCCCUCAUGCACAGACUGGCCCACGUUGAAAAUGUCUUCCACCCCGUGGAGUGCUCGUACUGCCACUGUGAGAGCAUGAUGGGCUUCAGGUACCGCUGCCAGCAGUGCCACAACUACCAGCUGUGCCAGAACUGCUUCUGGAGGGGCCAUGCCAGCGGCCCCCACAGCAACCAGCACCAGAUGAAGGAGCACUCCUCGUGGAAAUCCCCGGCCAAGAAGCUGACCCACGCCAUCAGCCGCUCCCUGGGCUGCGUGCCCAGCCGGGACCCGCCCCGCCCGCUGUUCCCCGAGCAGCCCGAGCGGCCGCUGGACCUGGCACACAUCGUCCCCCCCAGGCCCGUGGCUAACAUGAACGAGGCCCUGGUCACCCACGUGUCCUCGGGAGCGCCCACGCCAACCAAAAGGUGCCAGCCCAGCCGCAGCAGCAGCCCCGAGCCGUGCCGGGAGGAGCACGCCCUGAUUGCCACCUUUGUGAGGCACCUGCGGAGCGGGGCACGUGCCCCGGACAGCCCAGGCCGGCUGGACGAGGAGCACCGGCUCAUCGCCCGCUACGCCGCGCGCCUGGCUGCUGAGGCUGGCAAUGCUCCCCGUCCCCCUGCAGACCUGCCCUUCAGCUUCGAUGCCAACAAGCAGCAGAGGCAGCUGAUAGCAGAGCUGGAGAACAAGAACAGGGAGAUCCUGCAGGAGAUCCAGCGGCUGCGGCUGGAGCACGAGCAGGCGUCGCAGCCCACGCCCGAGAAGGCGCAGCAGAACCCCACGCUGCUGGCGGAGCUGCGCCUGCUGCGGCAGAGGAAGGAUGAGCUGGAGCAGAGGAUGUCAGCCCUGCAGGAGAGCAGGAGAGAGCUGAUGGUGCAGCUGGAGGGGCUGAUGAAGCUGCUCAAAGAAGAAGAACAAAAGCAGGCAGCGCAGGCCGCGGGCUCGGCCCAGCCCUCGCCCACCCAUGGCCGCCCGCCCGCCGGGCCCGUGCUCCCACGCUCGGCCUCAGCCGGCUCCACACCCACACACGGAGCCCAGGACGCGCUGCCGGGACUCGGGGGCGACGUGCACGAGGCCUUCACACAAGGUACGAGGAGGAACCUGCGCAAUGACCUGCUGGUGGCAGCUGACUCCAUCACCAACACCAUGUCCUCGCUGGUGAAGGAGCUGCACUCAGCAGAGGAAGAAGACGAGGAAGAAACAGAGAAGCUGCAGAAUGGAAAGGAUCGAGGUUAGGAGGGAGCACAGGCUGGACAGCAGCUCAGGCUCGGAGGAUGCUCCUGCGACCGAGGGACGUCUCCCCCCUCAGAAGAGGCCGUUCCGGCCCAUCCAUCACCAUCGUGCAACUGUGACCGAUCUCCACCACCUGGAGCCAGCACCGGGAGCUGUCCCGAGGCCUCUCCUGCCCCUCAGGCCAUUGCAUGCACCCUCGGUGUGUUCCCGCCCGGCUCAGCCGCUCAGGCAGGCUUAAAAAACAAAAAUAACACCUGAAAGGACACUG